UGCAGCGGGGGUGGGCAGGAUCGGGCCCAGCUGUGGUGGCGGGGAGCUGCAGCCCUAUUUAAGCACCGGCCACAACCGACUCACAUGAUGGGAGUGUGACUGCCUAGGCUAGAGGGCCAGGCUGUGAGCAGGAUGGCGCUGAGCAGAGUACGGCUCUCCCAGCACCGUGGGGCAGCCAUCAGCGGGGAGACCACCCGGCUGCUGCUGCCCCAGGCGUCCAGGCUGGUGGAGCUGCCCUACUCCUCCUCCGACGAUGAUGAUGGCUCGCUGGCCGGGGACACGGACCUUCCCACGGCCGAGCAGGACCCCGGGGUGUGGUGCUCCGUCCCCCCCAAGCCGGGGACCUUCAGCCAGUGCGUGCGGUACCUGGCCUUCCUCUGGAACCUCCUCUUCCUCCUGCUGGGCUUGCUGGCCCUGGCUGCGGGGGUAUGGGGGCUGCUGGCCAAGGGCUUGCUGGGGGGGGAGCGCCUGGCCCCCCUGGGCUCUGACCCCAUGCUGCUUUUCGUACUGGUGGGGCUGGGGGCCAGUGCCGUCUCCCUGGCCGGCUGCCUGGGUGCCCUCCGCUCCAACCCCUGCCUGCUGCGCUUCUUUGUGGGGGCCGUGCUCGCCUUCGCGGGGCUGGAGGUGCUGGGGGGGCUGCUGCUGUUGGCAGCGCAGCACCGGCUGCGGGAUGCCCUGCGGGAUGCCCUGCUCCUCUGCCUCUUGCACUACCAGGAGGAGCCUGACCUGCGGUUCCUGGUGGACGAGGUGCAGCGGAACCUGCGGUGCUGCGGCCUCGGCUCCUAUCGCGACUGGGAGACCAACCCGUACUUCAACUGCAGUGCCCCGGGAGUGCAGGCGUGCAGCGUCCCUGCCUCCUGCUGCCUGGACCCCUGGCAGAAUGGCACCGUCGCCAACACCCAGUGCGCCUUCGGAGCCCUGCGCCUUGGGGACGCGGCGGCCGGCACCGUCGUGCACCUGGGGGGCUGCGUGGCACAGCUCAGCGCCUGGCUCCGCGGUCAGGCGGGCGGCAUCGCGGCCGGCGCGGCCGUGCUGGUGCUGGUUGAGGCUGCCGGCGUGUUCAUGGCGCUGAAGGUGCUCAGAGACAUCGUGCCCGUCAGGGUGCGGGAUUGAGAGCGUGCUGGCUGCC